AUGGACAGGAACUACCCCGGAGCCGGGUUCGGGGACCCGCUCAGCGCCGGGCCCGGCUGGAGCUACGAGCGCUCGGCCAAGGCCAGCCUGGUGUACGGGGGCUCGCGGGGGUCGCACCCCGACCCCGACCUGCUGCACCGGCAGCCCUACGGAGCGCCCCACCCGCUGCAGGGCUAUGCGGCCAACCACCACCCGCCAGGUACCGCGCUCCGGCACCUUGUGUCACCUAUUGUCACCUUGUGUCACCUUGUGUCACCUUGUGUCACCUAUUAUCACUCCUUGUCAUCUUUUGUCACCUAUUGUCACCCCAUCACCUACGGUCACCUUCCAGCACCUUCUGUCACCUACUGUCACCUCAUCACCUAUUGUCAUUUAUUGUCACCUUUUGUCACCUUCUGUCACCCAUUGUCACCCCAUCGCCUAUUGUCCAUGCACACUCCAGCUCCGGCCGAACUCUUCAUCUCGGGAGCCCUUCCCGGCUCGGGCACCUUCCCGUCCUCGUCGGCGCUGGGCCCCUACCAGCACCCGGCGUCCUUCGGCGGCCGCAGCUUCCCGGUGGGUUCCCCGCUGAGCCUGCCCGAGGCCGCCUUCAGCCCCGGCUCCAACGGGCUGCUGUCGCCGCACGACCCGCUGCUGCACAUCAAACCCGCGCAGCCCGCCGUGCCCUCCUCGCUGGGCUUCGACCGCCUGGGCUCGGCCGUGCUGGGCUCGGCGCUGCCCGCCCAGACGCCUCCGUACCGCCCGGCUCCCGCUUCCUCGCAGUUCAACCUGCUGGCCGCCGCCGAGCAGCCGCCCCAGCUCUACAACGCGCCCGUUUUCGGCGGCGCCAACGCGGCGGGCGGCGGCGACCGCGCCAUAUCGCGGCAGGACAGCGUCAUCAAGCACUACCAGCGGCCCGGAGCGGCGCAACCGCAGCUGCCGCCGGCGCCGGGCUUGCAGCACUACCUGAGCUGCGGCGGCUCCUACCAGCAGGUGCCCGCGCACCGCGCCCCGCUGUCCUGCAGCCCGCUGGGCGAGCAGUCGCCCGCCAGCUCCGAGGGCUCGCAGCAGCCGCCCAAGGCCGCGCCCGCCGCGCCGCGCCCCGAGCCGGGCUACCGGCCCAUCAUCCAGUCGCCCGGCUACUCCGGCAGCGGCGCGGCGGGCAACGGCGGCGCGGCCGGCGGCAACGGCGGCAAGUCCAAGAGCUACUCGGCGUCGCGGCAGCCGCCGCGCUCCACCAACACGCCCAAGUGCCAGAGCAGCUACACGCCCAGCACGCCCAAGCCCAGCUCCGUCAUCGCCAGCCAGUCGCCCGCCUACUCGCCGGGCCAGCCGCCCCAGAGCCUGCUGGCCAUGGGGGGAGCCCCCGGCUACAGCGCGCCCGGCGCGCCCCAGAGCCUGGCGGGGGCGGCGCAGCCCGCGGGGGGCUUCAGCGGAGGGCAGGGGGGCGACCUGGGCGGCAAGGCCGGCGGCUACCAGGGCGGGGGGCAAGCCGGCGGCCAAGGGGGGCUGCAGCCCUGCGUCAGCGGCGCCGGCACCUACUCGCCCGAGCAGCUGCAGGCGCUGCCCUACGGCGUCCAGCCCGAGGGAGGGCAAGCGGGGGGCUACGGGCCCCCGGCCCCCUCGCAGGGCUUGCCCACCGCCAGCCCCUCGCUGACCUACAGCACCGGCCACUCGCCCGCCAUGCCCGGCCCGCCGCUGCCCUACGCCGGCCUGGGGGGCUCCAGCCCCUCGCCCAUCAUCCGCCCGCUGCAGUCGCCGCCGGCCGCCCGGCCGCAGAGCGGCGCGUCGCCGGGCCAGUCGCAGAAGUACCUGGGCUCGGUGCUGUCGCCGUCCUUCAUGGCCCCGCAGGGCUACGGCGCCGCUCCGGGCGGGGGGCUGGAGCGGCAGCCGCCCCCCGCCCCGCCGGGGGCGCCCCCGGCUUUCGGCAAGGGGGCGAAAGGCGAGGCGGAGCUGCUGGCGGCGGAGCGCAGCGAGGACGAGGAUUUCCUGAUCCAGCACCUGCUGCAGGCGCCCAGCCCGCCCCGAGAGGGGCUGGGGGGCUGCGAGGAGCGCCCCAAAACCCUGGGGGGCUACGGGGGAGCGCUGGGCAAGGAGGAGCGGUACCAGCUGCAGAGCGUCAUCCGGCCCAACUCCAACCUGGAGGCGCCGCUGGAGCUGGCGCUGCUCAAGGAGAAGAAGAAGCCGGAGAGAGGCAAGGAAUUCCGGGGGGCGAGCGGAGGAGGAGGGGGCGCCGAGGUGGCGGCCACCUCGGUGGUCCACUACGGCCACCAGCCGCCGCCCGCGCUGGACACGUACGAGCUGAAGAAGCCUCCGGAGCACCUCUCGGGCGGCAAGGAGCUGGGCCAGCCGCCGCCGCCGCACUCCUACCUGCCCAAAACCCCCGAGCACGGGCGGCUGGUGGGCGAGGGACCCCCGCUGGAGCCCCACAACCUCCUGCUGGACCCCUCCCCGGAGCUGGGGGGCUCGCUGCUGCCCUCGGUGCUGACCCACACGCAGAGCCAGCUGCACGGCCGGCCCAAGGGCAGAGCCCCGCUGGACCUGCUGCUGGAAGCCCACCUGCACCAGGUGCGCUCGCAAGGGCUGGACCCCCAGGCCCCGCCGCCGCUGGCCCCCGACUCCAUGGAGGUGUUGCCCCCUCCCCAGGAAAUCCAGGACUUCUUGGAGCCCCCCUUGGGCUUGGAACCGCACCUGGGGCAGAGCGCGGGGGUGCAGGGACCGCCCGGGCACCUGCUGGACCCCGAGGGGGGCGUCCCGGCCGUGCCCCCCGAAGCCAAGGACCAGUUUUCGGAAGGGGGGAGCCCCGCGGGGGGCAAGGGGCGCUUCGUGCCCCUCACCUCCAUCUGCUUCCCGGAUGCUCUGCUGCAGGACGAGGACCGCGGCUUCUUCCCCGGCAUGGAGGACAUGUUCGGACCCCCGCCCGAGGACUUCCCCAAGGCCAGCGAGGAGGAGGAGGAGGAAGGCAACGCCAACGCCGGCGGGCUGGAGGCGCGGCCCGAGGGGAUGAAAGCGCCGCCUCCGUACGAUAUGGGGCAGAGCUACCCCUCGUUCUGCCCGCAGGACGGGGGCGCCGCCGGGGACCCCCCCCAGCUGGGGCUGGAGCCCCCCAAACACGAGUUACCCUCCACGGUGAACGCGGAGCCGCUGGGCUUAAUCCAGAGCACCGGCGACGGGGGUCCCAAACCCCCUCCUCCUCCUCUCAGCACCCCUCUCUUCUGCUCCUCCAAACCCAAAAAGCUGCUGAAAACUUCGUCCUUCCACCUGCUGCGCAAGCGGGACCCCUUCCCUCCCCCCAAAAAAACCUACGCGCAGGAGUACGAGUUCGAGGACGACGAGGAUAAAGCCGACGUGCCCGCCGACAUCCGCCUCAACUCGCGGCGCCUCCCGGACCUGCUGCCCGACCUCAUCUCCAGCUGCCGCCGGCCCCCGCUCACCCCCAUGGGCGACAUCGACUUCUGCCCGCACCCCGGCGCCCACCCCGCGCCCAAGAAGCGCGGCCGCAAACCCACCAAGCCCAAGCGGGAAGGGCCCCCCCGGCCCCGGGGCCGGCCCAGGAUCCGGCCCCUGGAGCCGCCCGGGUUCCCCGAGGGAGCCAAGCGGCCGCGGGGCCGGGGCCGGGGCCGGGGCAAGAAGGGCGGCGAGGACGGAGAGGGGAUGGAGCCGCUGCGGCCGCUCAAGAUCAAGCUGGCCAUGCCCAUAGAUGGGUUAGCGUCUCCCAGUACAAACCAGUACAACCAGCAGCAGCAGCAGCAGCAGCGGCUGCGCGAGGCCGAGGAGAAGCAGCCCGAGAUGAAGUCGGGCUUCAUGGCCUCCUUCCUGGACUUCCUCAAAUCCGGCAAGCGGCAGCCGCCGCCCCCCGGGCCCGGCAAGCCCCCCAAAAGCGGCGCGGCGCCGCCCCCCGGCUUCGGCCCCGGCGUGCUGGGGGGGUCCCUGGAGGGCGGCGAGGCCGAGGGCGGGCUGGUGAUGGCGUGUCCCUCGCCCUGCAAGCGCCUGGACGAGGAGCUCAAGAGGAACCUGGAGACGCUGCCCUCCUUCUCCAGCGACGAGGAGGACUCGGUCAGCAAGAACCAGGACCUGCAGAAGAGCAUCAGCUCGGCCAUCUCGGCGCUGGACGAGCCCCCCGAGCGCAGGGAGCCCCCCGAGGCGCACGGUGACCCCCCCCGGGGGUCGCCGGAGCCGCCGGAGCCGCCGGAGCCGCCGGAGCCGCCGGAGCGGCCGCUGCACCUGGCGCAGAAGCAGGGCACGGCCGCCGUGUGCGGGGACACCAGCGACGAGGAGGAGAGCGGCGGAGAGGGAAUCUUCCGGGAGAGGGACGAGUUCGUGGUCAGGGUGGAGGAUAUCCCCGCCCUCAAGCUGGCGCUGCAGACGGGCCGGGAGCCGCCGCCCAUCUGGCGGGUGCAGAAGGCGCUGCUGCAGAAAUUCACCCCCGAGAUCAAGGACGGGCAGCGGCAGUUCUGCGCCACCAGCAACUACCUGGGGUAUUUUGGGGAUGCCAAGCACCGGUACCAGCGGCUCUACGUGAAGUUCCUGGAGAACGUCAACAAGAAGGAUUACGUGAGGGUCUGCUCCCGGAAACCCUGGCACCGCCCGCUGGCACUCAGGUACGGCUGGCACACCUGGGCACACCUGGUUUGGGGUCCCGGGUGUUUUUGGGGGUCCCUGAGCCGGGUGCCCCCGCAGGAGUUCAAGGUGGAGGUGGAGAAGUCCUUCCUGUACACGCUCUACCACUCCCUGCACCACUACAAGUACCACACCUUCCUGCGCUGCAAGGACGAGACCACGGCCAUCGAGGGCCGCGCCGAGGACCUGGGCCAGGAGGAGGUGGUGCAGCGCUGCAUGCGCAACCAGCCGUGGCUCGAGCGCCUCUUCGACUCCUUCAGCGACCUGCUGGCCCAGGCGCGCGCCAAGUGCGCCUGAGCCCCGAAAACGGGGCGAGCCCCCCGAAAGCGGGACCUCGGAAACGGGGUGGCACCCCCGCAGCCGGACCCCGACAGCGGGACCCCCACGAACGGCGUGACGGCCCAAACCGGGACCCUGAAAACGGGGUGGCAACCCCGGGAAUGGGACUCCAAAAAAUUGGGGUGACACCCCCGAAAUGGGGUGGCACCCCCGGGAAUGGGACCCCUGAAAUGGGGUGGCACCCCUGGGAAUGGGAGCCCCAAAACGGGGUGGCACCCCUGGCAACGGGACUCCAAAAAAUUGGGGUGACACCCCCGAAAUGGGGUGGCACCGCUGGGAAUGGGACCCCCGAAAUGGGGUGGCGCCCCGGGAAUGGGACCCCCGAAACGGGGUGGCACCCCUGGCAACGGGACUCCAAAAAAUUGGGGUGACACCCCCGAAAUGGGGUGGCACCCCCGGGAAUGGGACCCCCGAAAUGGGGUGGCGCCCCGGGAAUGGGACCCCCGAAAUGGGGUGGCACCCCUGCAACGGGACUCCAAAAAAUUGGGGUGACACCCCCGAAAUGGGGUGGCACCGCCGGGAAUGGGAGCCCCGAAAUGGGGUGGCACCCCCGGAAACCGGACCCCAAAACAGGACCCUAAAAACGGGGUGACACCCCCGGAAUGGGGACCCCUGCCUGGAAACGGGGUGAGACCCCCAGAACUGGACCCCAAACACGGCGCGACACCCCCAAACCGGGACCCCCGAAACGGGGUGACACUCCCAAAAGUGGGACCCCAAACACGAGGUGACACCCCCGGAAAUGGGACCCCCAGUACAGGACCCCAAACACAGGGUGAGACCCCCCAA